GAUGAAACACAUACAUCAUUAUGGGCCCACAGCACUGACCACUGCCACCUCGGUACCGGAGGGGUCCCUACCUAAUCCCAGUCCAAUCCAAGCAAGCCCUUAAAAAUAAAUAAGAUGUGGAGCAAGAUUUUGUCAAGGUCAUCAGGUUAGUCAUUACUUUAGAAAAUCACCAGGAUCUUCCUUAAUUUAAAAAAUGCAUAUAUCGGGCAAUUAGGACCAUCUGCAUUGUGGCCCACCAAACCAACAAUCCUAAUCAAACGUACAUGUGCCUCAUGGAGAGAGUCAAUUAUGUCAAUUCACAUCUUGGGCUCUCACUGGCUUAUUAUAUGGUGUAGAAUCUAAGAUAGAUAGAACAUAUAUAGUCAAUAAGAGAGGAGGAUAAGAUAGAUGGAACACAAAUAGGCAAUAAUAGAGGAGGAUGAUCUUGUACAUGAUCUUGAGAUCCUUCUCUUUCCCUAAUUUAUUUAUUUUUUUCUUGUGAUUUCCCUGUUAGGAACAAGGAAUGGCAGAAUUAGUUGUAUCAGGCCUUUUUCAAGUGAUUAUCGAAAAACUAGCCUCCCCAAUCCUAGAACAGUGUGAACGUUUGUGGGGUGUUCGCGAGGAGAUGGGAAAACUAAGAAGUACCUUAUCCACGAUAAAAGCUGUGCUUGAAGAUGCAGAGGAGAAGCAGGUAAAUAGCAAGGCGCUGCAGGACUGGCUGGGAAAGCUGAAAUGUGUGGUUUAUGAUGCAGAAGAUAUAUUGGAUGAUUUCACAACAGAAGUGGAAGCGGAAGCAAAAGUAGAAGCUAAACGCAGAAAAGUGGAGAUUGGGGAUUACAUUAAGAACGUAUGCACCUUCUUUUCGGCAUCCAACCCACGGGUGUCCCGUUCAAAUAUGGCAGCUAAGAUAAAGGAGAUAGGGCGGAGAUUAGAUGCGAUUGCUGAAGAGAGGUCUAAAUUCCAUUUGAAAGAGGUAGAACAGGUGUUGGAGAUUCGAGGCCGAGAACCAACUGACUCGUUUGUAAUCGAGUCAGAUGUUUACGGAAGGGAGGAAGAUAAAAAAAAGGUAAUGGAAUUACUGAUUAGUGAGGAUAAUGGAGAGGAUGUUACAGUCAUCCCCAUAGUCGGUAUGGGGGGCCUUGGGAAGACCACACUCGCUCAAUUAGCUUUCAAUGACGAGAGGGCAGCGAAGCAUUUCGAGCUAAGAAUGUGGGUUUGUGUGUCGGAUGAUUUCAGUGUGAGUAGGGUAACAAAAGAUAUCAUAGAGUCAGCAACCAAGAGCAAAUGUGAUCUCCCAAACAUGGAUCAACUGCAGCGUCGCCUCCGAGAAUUGCUGAGUGAGAAGAAGUUUUUACUUGUGUUGGAUGAUGUGUGGGAUGAAAAACCUAUGAACUGGGAUCGAUUGAAACAAUUUCUCAGAGGAACUAGGGGUAGUAAAAUCAUUGUAACUACCCGUAGUGAAAAAGUUGCAUCAAUCAUGGGCACUAUCCCUUCACACAAUUUGACAGUAUUAUCAGAAGCUGAUUGUUGGUCUCUGUUCAAGCAACGAGCGUUUGUGCAUGGACAACAAGAACAUCCAAAUCUCAUAAUACACGGAAAGGAAAUUGUAAAGAAGUGUGGUGGUGUCCCAUUGGCGGCAAAGACGCUCGGAAGCUUGAUGCGGCUUAAAACAGAGGAAAGAGAGUGGUUGCUUGUUAGAAAAAGUGAAAUUUGGAAUUUACCCGAAGAAGAUAAUCACAUUUUACCAGCUCUGAAGUUGAGUUAUUAUCAUCUGCCAUCACAUUUGAAGCAGUGUUUUGCCUACUGCUCAAUAUUUCCAAAAGAUUAUAGAAUUGAAAAGAAGAAACUGAUCCAACUUUGGAUGGCCGAAGGUUUCCUUCAAUCGUCAGAUGGAAUUAAACAAAUGGAAGACAUUGGUGGAGAGUAUUUUAAUAAUCUGUUGUGGCGGUCCUUCUUUCAAGAUGUUCGAAAAGAUAAUGAUGGGAAUAUAGAAUGGUGCAAGAUGCAUGACCUCGUGCAUGAUCUUGCAAGCUCUGUUGCAGGGAAUGAAUGUUCGAUUCUGAAGGUCAAGAAUGCAAUGAGUAUUUCUAACAUGAGCCGGGCUCGUCGUUUGUCCUUGGAUUACGAGGAUAGUAAUUGCUUCCUAACCGUCCAGAAUGAUAUGAGAACAGAAAACCAUUUGCGAACAUUGCUCGUGCUUGGAAUGCAGAAUGUCUUCAUGGCUGGAACACGAAAGAAUGUCAGCGUUCCUUGUGAACUUUUGGUACAUUUUAUGUGCUUGCGUGUGUUAGAUUUAAGUUAUGCAAAUGUCACUAUGGAGUUGUUGGUUUCAAUUGGUGAGUUGAAACACUUGAGAUAUCUCGACCUGUCUUUUACUGAAAUACAAGCCCUUCCUGAAUCUAUCAGCACUCUUCACCAGUUGAAAACCUUGAGACUCUUGGGGUGUGAUAAACUAACAGAGUUACCCAGGGACAUGAGCAAAAUGACUAGCCUAAGACAUCUUGAAAUCAGUCCAUGCUAUGGAUUGACCCAUAUGCCAGCUAAUAUGGGAGAAUUGAAGUUCCUUCGGACGUUGCCAAUAUUCAUCGUUGGUAAGGAUAGUGGAUGUGGUAUAAGAGAGCUGCAGGGCCUAAACCUUGGAGGAGAAUUGACUAUUCGAAACCUUGAGAAUGUGACGUGUGCAGCAGAUGCCCAGGUUGCCAGCUUGAAGGAGAAGCCAAACCUUCAUAAGUUACACUUUUUAUGGGGUUGGGAUAUUGAUCUUCAGUUGGAAGGAAUUAUUGAGAAAACACUCGAAGGCCUCCAACCGCAUCCAAAUCUCAAAAGGUUGGUGGUGGAAGGGUAUGUGGGUGUCAGAUUUCCGCAAUGGAUGAGUAAUUCGUUGCUUUUGAAUCUGAUUGAAAUCUCACUGGUUAAUUGCAGAAGAUGCGAGCAGCUCCCGUCACUUGGCCAAUUACCAUUCCUUAAGGUUCUUGAAGUAUAUGGAAUGGAUGCUGUGAAACGCAUUGACAACCAUUUCUAUGGCAAUGUUAUUACACAGGGAUUCCUGUCACUAGAAGAACUCACCAUCGAAGAUAUGGCUAAUUUAGAGGAGUGGUCAGGAUUCAAUGGAAGAGAAGUAUUCCCCUGCCUCAAACAAUUACUUGUCAACAGAUGCCCAAAGCUCGAGUCUAUAACAGGGGAGCUUGGAAACCUUGCUGCUCUCGAGUCUCUGAAUAUUUUAAAAUGUGAUAACCUGGUAUCAUUGCCAGAGGAGUUACAAAACUCCACAUCUCUCCAUUGGCUGAUUAUUGAAAAUUGCAAUAGUCUAACGUCCUUGAGAAUACAAGGCUUGAGCUCUCUUCAAAAUCUUUCCAUUCAGCAUUGUAAAAGCCUAACGAGUUUGAUAGGGGGGCUGCAACACCUCACUGCCUUAAAAUCUUUGAAGAUUGAUGAAUGUCCAGAGCUGGCAUCUUUACCAGAGGGUAUGCAACACCUCACGGCUCUUCGCGAAUUAAGCAUCAGAGGAUUUGAGAAGUUAACAUCGUUGCCGGAAUGGUUACAGCAUGCCACAACACUGCAACGGCCUGAAAUCAAAAAUUGCGAAAGUCAAACGGCUCUGCCAGAGGGGAUAGGAAACCUGUCAUUGCUUCAAAGAUUGACAAUCGGCAAUUGUGAAAAACUGGAGUGUUUGCCAUCCGGGCUACAACUCCUAACAAACCUCCAAUAUCUAGCGAUCAUUCGUUUUCCAAGUCUAACGGCUCUGCCAGAGGGGCUGCAACUCCUAACAAACCUCUGGACUCUAAAAAUCAGGAGAUUGCCAAGUCUAACGGCGCUGCCUGAGGGGAUGGGAAACCUAUCCUCACUUCUACAGUUGGAUAUUGAGGAUUGUGAUAAAUUGGAGUGUUUGCCAUCCGGGCUGCAACUCCUAACAAACCUCUGGACUCUAAAAAUCAGGAGAUUGCCAAGUCUAACGGCGCUGCCUGAGGGGAUGGGAAACCUAUCCUCACUUCUACGGUUGGAUAUUGAGGAUUGUGAUAAAUUGGAGUGUUUGCCAUCCGGGCUGCAACUCCUAACAAACCUCCAAAGGCUAACAAUCAGGAGAUUGCCAAGUCUAACGGCUCUGCCAGAAGGGAUAGGAAACCUGUCCUCACUUCAACAUUUGAAGAUUGAGGCUUGUGAUAAAUUGGAGUGUUUGCCAUCUGGGCCGCAACUCCUAACAAACCUCCAAACUCUAAUAAUCAGGAGAUUGCCAAGUCUAACGGCUCUGCCAGAAGGGAUAGGCAACCUGUCCUCGCUUCAAGUUUUGGAGAUUGAGGAUUGUGAUAAAUUGGAGUGUUUGCCAUCCGGGCUGCAACUCCUGACAAACCUCCAAACUCUAAAAAUCAGGAGAUUGCCAAGUCUAACGGCUCUGCCAGAAGGGAUAGGCAACCUGUCCUCGCUUCAAGUUUUGGAGAUUGAGGAUUGUGAUAAAUUGGAGUGUUUGCCAUCCGGGCUGCAACUCCUAACAAACCUCCAAUGGCUAACAAUCAGGAGAUUGCCAAGUCUAACAGCUCUGCCAGAAGGGAUAGGAAACCUAAGCGAUGCAAGGAGAACGGCGCGGAUUGGCACUACAUAG